UAGCAAAUAUGGCAUUUUGUUCCUUUCUUCAACUUAACAACUUUUCUGAAACAGAAAUUGUGCAGAUUGAAGCAAAUAACAAAUUCUAAUGUUUCACACACUUUAUCAAAGCACAGCUGGAAUGUAAUCAUAUUUUCAUUUGUAAACAAUAGGCAUGGGACGGUAUCAGAUUUUGAUGGUACGAUUCCCUUGAGCAAAAAUACUACUGUAUCAUGGUAUUUAAAUUACAGCUCCAAAAUCAAUUAUUUUGAAAAAUUAGGGUAAAUAAAAACAACUUUUUCUAUUAAACACUGUUUUAUUUUUAGCACAUUCAGUGCCACUGUCUGCUUUAGAAGUCAUAUAUCCAUGUUAACUGGGAGGGCUAGCACUGAAACAUAAUUUAAAAUGCUAGCGCUAGCACUAACGGUUGUACGUAACCGUGGCGCCGUUCUUUCAAAUCAUGCUCUAAAGCUUCGGUAAACAUUGGUUUGGGCGCGUGAAUAAAUGUUGACAACAGCAAGUACGGGAGGUGAUGCGGCAGUCACAAUACGCAAUCCCAUUGGUCGACAUCAAGGUGCGCUGUCGGAGAGUUGUGGUUGAUAUGUCGCACGACACGGAAGAUAUUAAAAAAAAUAAAAUAAAUCAAACAUGCUAUACUUUUCAUUUUGGUGUCGUAAUCCACCAUCAUUGGUGGUGGAUUAUGUCACACUUCAAGAAGUUUUGUUGUUCCCUACAAAAUAUGUCGGCCUGAUCUGGGAAAUUUGGCUGUGAUAGCUAAUCGGGCCAAUAUCGGGACUAAAAUCCUGUAGUCCGAACCAGACAUUGUUGAAACCUUGACUUUUCAACACGGUCAGCGAUGCAAAAGUUUUGUUCAGCAGACUAGAAGAAAAAGAUCUCCUGAAGAACACUAAAUUUAUUGCUCAGCUACUGCACACAAUCCGACGCAUUGAUCUCGUCAGGCUCUUAGAGACGAACAGACAGGGCGUGGAGGAAACUGAUGCAAAGCCUAUGCUGUCAAAUUACAGGGUGAUGCUGUACACUAUAUAUGAUGAAACCACUAAAGACAAGCUAGAAGAUAUGAAGUUUCUCCUGAGCGACAAGAUUGGCAGGAGACAAACGGAUGACUGCAAUACUGUGCUGGAUGUGUUCGUUGAAUUGGAAAAAGUGGGUUUACUGUCUCAAUCAAAUCUACACGAGCUGCAUUCAAUACUGGAGGUAGUGGAUCUACAAUUGGCAUCGACUGUCCAGCAAUAUAUGACAACAGGAACACUUCCGCAGCCAGCGAGACGACCUCCCCCUCGUCCCAUCAUGGAUUUACGGCAUGUCAACAACUCACAUCAUUUGUCCACAUCUGAGACUCCACCCACCCUUGAAGGUGGCCAAUUUUCCUUGGAUGCAAGAACAAACACUCCGCCUACAUCGCUUUCUGAUCAGAUCGAGUACUACCCACUGAAUCACAUCCCUUGUGGUCUAUGUGUGAUCAUCAACAAUGAGGAAUUUUUGGGAACGCAGCUGAAAAAAAGAAGUGGCACUCGAGAGGAUGAGGAGGCUCUUGAGUCACUGUUCUCCAGAUUUGGCUUUAGUGUGAUUGUCCACAGCAACUUGACCGCAGAAGAGAUAAGAGAGAAACUACGUAUCAUUGCUUCAAGAAAUUUUUCAGAGGAGGAUGCUCUGGUCGUGUGUGUGCUUUCCCACGGGGAACAUGGUUGUGUCUAUGGGACUGAUGAGGAAAAGGUGUCCCUACGAGAACUGACACAGCCCUUUACGAGUGGAUUUGCCCCUACGUUGGCAGGGAAACCCAAACUGUUUUUCAUCCAAGCAUGUCAGGGAGGAGGUUAUCAGACCGGAACCUUGCCAUCCCCCCCAAAACCGAGAGAGGGGGAAUACAGACGGAGUCACUUGGAAGCGGACGCGGGUCCCAUCCACGCCGAGACGGUGCCCUCAGAUGCUGACUUCCUGCUCGGCAUGGCCACUGUACCAGAAUGCAAGUCAUUUCGAAACAAGCACACGGGCUCCAUCUACAUCCAAGAGCUGUGCAGGCAGCUUCGACGAUCCGCUGAGAGUUCACGCGAGGAAGACAUUCUCUCUAUCCUGACACGUGUGAACAGGGAGGUCAGCAAAGGCGAGUACCUCAACUACAAGCAAAUGCCUGAGCCCAAAUACACCCUCACCAAGACACUUAUCCUAAAGUUUGUUGAUGAGGACCAAGUGCAACGCCCCUAGUGUGCCAUAUUGCCUCAUGUGAAGACUGGGUUCUAUGUAUCACUGUGACCUUAUAUGAUAUGAUGCCGAUGUGUACAAAAAAAAAUCUGAACACAAUUCAGAGCAAAUGUACUUGUUAAAAUAUUUAUAAUCAUGCCAGUGGAAUUUGAAAAGGGCGGCGCGGUGUUUUUGUCAUACGUCACUCAAUGAUGAUCAUGUACUCUUACUCCAUGUAUGGCGUGGAGUAUAUAUUUAAUGAAAACAUUUAUGUUGUGUGGGAUUUUUCACAUAAGCACAAAAGUAACUUAUUUGAUACACUGCUCUUAUUCACUUUCUUUCCGUGACUGUCGCCAAUGUUAGACAUUACCCACGUGCGGAGACAUUUUACAGUGAGUGAGCUGAAUAUGCCUGAGCGCACCUGUCAUUGGAUCAAGUCUGUAUUUGUGGAUGGGGAGGACAUGUCUCCAAAAUGCGAGGUAGGUUAAUGUCCUGGAGUUUGCAGGCGACACACCAUCCUCAGUGGACUCAUCUCUGAUGGGUAUGAGUUUCUUCCCUUAUGCAGUUGACCCCCCCCCCCCCCCCCCAUUUCUAGAAUGGGCCAAUGACUUGAUUAGAACAACUGCUUUGAACAGCAACUUUUUACAUUGUAUAUGCACUCUAAGGUUGAUUAAACAGUGUUUUUUCCCCA